AUGAGGAACUCGACCAAGAGAGGAAUGUUCAAGUGGAUGGUGGAACCAGAAUUGGAGGAACAAUUGGCAAGAAUGGAGGAGGAAGACCGAGAAUCUGAUGCUGAUGAUGGAAGAGAGCACAGGAACAUCAUCGAGGAUCAGCGCAUUAGACUAGCCGAGUACCAACUACGCAUCGAGGAGCGUGAACGGGAAAUCGUGGAGUAUUUGGAAGUCAUCAGAGAACUCGAAGGCACGGUGGGCUCCUUGCAGGCGCGCAUGGAAGAUUUAGAGGAGAGACUCCAGGUCAUGGCCCACGCGCCGAUGUUGAUGACCGGACUACCAGUUUUCACAAAGUCUACGAUGGAUAUAAUGACUGAACCGGUGUUUAGCGGUAGAAGAUUGGACGUCGCGCGCAUGCGCCAAGUGUACGCGGUCUUCCCCAACGCACCGUUUCACCGUCUCAUUGGCACCGAGACGAGAGGUAUAAGAAGGCCGGUAGAUGGAGCUCCAGUUGAGUAUAUUGUGGGGUACACAAAUGGUAUCUUUUCCCUCGCGGCGACGCGGGAAGAACGGUAUGGAUCGGUACCCGAAUUUGUGCAGCUGGGCACAAAAGAGUCGAAUGCCCACAUUUCUCUACCAGUGGGUUCGGUGGUCGAAGUAUCAGACUUCUGUAAUGUGAUCAACGCAGAAUCGAAUGCGAGUGUAUUAAGAGGAUUGACGGGAUGCAAGGUGCCUGGAAUGGCGGGGUUACCGCACCCGUCGGGUAUCGCGACGAGAUUUCGGGUAACUUUUCGACCAUGGACCAGAGACGAGAGAGCGGUAGUCUCCAGGGUAAUCUUCACACGAGAUUACAGAGACCGCGAAGUUCCAUCAGACGCGCAUUUCCGCGCGGUAUUAGCACUCCAGCGGAAUUUGGAAGAACGAUUGUCGAUGGGAUUCGACCAGUUUGUACGAACCUCACCGAGACCGAGUGAAAAUGACGUGGUAAUAGUGAGGACAGCGGUGGCUUACCCAGAAAUGAGGGCCAAGUGCUACAGAUGGGACGAAGAAGCACCGAUGUUGUUGUUGCCUAUCUACAUGGUACAAAAAUACUCAUCAGUGGGUCGUUUUGAGGAGGUUGGAGAUGGUUGUCCAUAUUUGGCUGGACCAUCAGCGGAGCACUUGAAUUUGUUGUGA